ACAACCACAUUGAAUAUGGCGGAUGUACGUUUGUUGUUUAGGAGAUCCAAAUGAAUGUAUGUGAAACAUUUAUAACAGUAGUUUGUAUAUAUCUGAUGUAAUAAAAAAAAAUCGCAACAAAGAAUAUAAGAUGAGGUCGGGAGCAGUAGAUACCGAUCGGUUCAAAGUCGAGGGACGUCAAACCGGGCAUCGGCGAAAAAUGUCAAAAAAUACUUCUGUCUUAAAUGGCGCCUCUGCAAGUUUCAACUACGCCGCUGAAAAUGAUAGCGUGGUCAGGAAGGUAAAAUUGACUUCUUCUUUCCAAGAUCACACAUGCACUAAAUCCCAUGAUCUUUCUCACAAAAAAAUGGACGGAAUCAAAGAAGAGAAGAAAUCACUCCCAUGCGUUGAUGAUCAUUUACUACACACCGAUGACAACGUUGUUCAGAAAAAGUCGAAUGGUACUGCAGCUGAACCGUCCCAUAUGAUUGAUCAAGAGUUGACACUUACUAAUAUUAACUUGCGGAAUAUGCUGAUUUCACAUAUAGAUAUAAUUAAUCAAUUGCAGGAAGAAUUAGCGAGAAAGAACAGGCUUAUUUCCGCACAGUGUAGGGAAACUGCAAAGUUAAGAGCUUGUCUCGACCGCAAACAAAGGAAAAUGUGUCUUGUACGUAGAAACUGUACAAAAUCAGAUGACGAUAGUACAGAUAACGUAUUGGAAGGUAGGAGCAACUUCUCAAAUUGUGAGGUUCCAUCAGUAACAGCAUCAUCAACAACAGCUUUUAUUUCAAGUGGACAUCCCAGUGUCAGAACUCCAGUUUUAGCUACACGCUAUUUUGGAAGACGUUCAAAGACAGUGCCAUCGAGAGCUCUUAAGAGGCGGUACAUGGGGCCACCUAAGACAUUUCCAGUUAAGAAGCUAACCAUUAAGAGUGAAUCCUCAACAGCAUCAGUAUCAUCUACGUCUGAAAUGAAUGAUAUUGAUUGCCAGAAGACUCUUGUUCCAUUAGAAAUCUUAGAAGAUGGCAUCAUAACUACAGGCAUAAGACGAGUUCGCAAAAGACGGGGAAGAAGGCCGAAAAGGGUGCCUAAAAAUACGGACUAUCUAACAACAGAUAAGACUUAUUUUUUAGCAGAUCUCCAGCCUGCUCCAGAAACACUCAGUUCCUCCGAAAUACAUGUGCCUUCAUGGAAGCUUAAACCAGUGACAAGCUUUUAUCAGAUGGAGGGAACUGAGAAUAUAAAUGAUUCUGUCUUUGAACGAAGACAUCAAAAAUUUGAACUAGAUGAACGCCGCAGGAAAAGGUGGGAUAUCCAAAGGAUUCGAGAUCAGAAGGCAUUGGAGAAGAGGCGAGCUAGAGAAAAAGAGAAAUCUGCGAAGCGCAAAUCAUUAUCUUUGUUGCCAGAUCUACGUCAUAUUGAGUACAUAGAAGUAACAGAGCAGUUACCAGUGACAGCAUUUGGCCACCUCAUUCCUCUCUUUCAGCCAUGUGAAUUCUGUUUACCGUGGAAUUUAAGAAACAAUGUGGUGCAAGAUGUGUCAGAAUGUCCUUCUGCUCCUCCACCUCCUCCUCCCCCUUGUCCAUCCAAAGGCAGGCGAGGGCGGCCUGCAAUUGCUGGUCCAAAAGUCACCUGAAUGAAAUGAUGUUUGAGGAUAUGGAUUUCCUUUCACCUUUUCAUUGGAGAGGCUUUCAAUUCUGGUCUUGAAUGAGCCGAAAACAGUGUUGUACUCAUCUAUAGUUGCAGAGUUCAGUAGUGUACAUAAUACCCAUGUAUUCAGAAGGAAAAAAAUACUUUUUUAAAUAAGUGUAAAUGCUUGACUGGGUACAGUAUCAUUUUUUGGGAGGGGGGGACUAUAAUUCUUUUUACCUGAAGAACUAUUCUGGAAUUAAUAAGGUCCUAGACGCUAUGUGAAGGAAGUACUGGAUUCAAGAUUACAUGUGGUUUGUGGACUUAUAAUAAUUUGUAGAAAUCAUCUUGGGCUGAUGAGUCUUUCUCUUGCAAACAUCUAAGUCUUGAAAUUUUUAUGCAAGUUUUUAUAUAACACUUCUCCAAAAUAUGUUUUGGAAUUAUGGCAAUAAAUUGAAAAUGGAAAUUCAUGACAUGAUAAAUACUAUCACUCCUGCAAAAAGGGGGGGGGGGAGAAUUAGAAACCUUUAAACAAAAAGUCUUCAUAAAAGUACAGACACAACUGUAGUACAUCAUAUGGUUCUUUAUGGAAAUUUUAUUUUCUUAUAUAAAAAUAAUUGUAUUCCAAUGUUAAAAUGUGGAAAAUGUAGUAAAUGUCUGCCUGUAAUGAAAAUUAAAAAAAUAUAUUGUCAGUAGUGGCAAGCCAAAGAUGAAACUAUCUGUGCUUUUUAUUUAAAUAAACAUUUCCAGUAUAAUAAUUUGUUAUGAAUACACCUACCUAUAGGGAGUCUCUGGGCAUGUGCAGUGAUCCAGUUUUUACUUCCCAAUUCAGAGCUGAAAUGGUAUAGCCUUUCAUUCCGAUAAACUUGUCUAGUGCAUUUUCAUCAUGUAUAUAGAAAUCACCAAUUAAAACUCCAUUGUAAACAUAACAUAAAUAAAUAAAUGGAUAUAUAUUUAGCAUUUUUUAUGCGAUGAUAAUGAGAUGGUUCCUGUUCUGCUUAUUCAUUUUAUUUUGUCUGAAAUAGGACUGGGUGAUGCUAAAUGUUAAUAAAGUCAAAAAUAGUUUUGUUUCAAAAUAUUUGUCUAUCAGUAAUUUUGAUUAUCCUUGUAAUUAUGUUGAGUUUUUUUGUUGUAAUGGUAAUUACUGAUUUGUUAUUUUGUAAGAUAAAAUUGUGUUUAUUAUUUUGAUGUUAAGAUUUUAUAUAAUUCACAGAUUUCAGUGAUGUGAUUAGUUAUGUUUUUAAGUUGUUGAAUUUUCUAUUCAUAUUAACAGAAUACUUGAAUAUAUGAUUCGAGAGAAAAGGUGUAAAAGUUAUAAUGAAUAUCAUGUAAACUAUAGCAGCAGUAGUAACUUUAAAAUAAUAUUCAAAUUUUUAAUUAGAAUAAUAAUUUGUGUAGAUAUAAUUUUAGUCAUAGAUAUUUCAAUUAUUUUUGAAAGGCAAACUAUUUGCUGAAAAUGAUGGGUGUUUGAAAAAUAUCUUAUUAUUCCAUCACUUCCUAUCUGUUACUAUCUGUCCAUCUCUAAAAACAUUGACAAUAUUUUAUUAAAUUUCUUUGAUUAAUAUUUUAUUUAUUUCUCAUCAUAUAUAUAUAUAUAUAUAUAUAUAUAAUAUAUGCAAAAGUUGCUUCACUUGAAAUUUUUUUCUAGGAGAGAGUAAUGGAUAAUAGAAUUCUAAUCUUCUAAAUUCAGUAAGAGAGAGGGAAAAAAAGUUUUUUUUCUUUCUCUUUGUUACUGAAUUUAAUUUUUUUCAUUAGUGAUUUUUUGUUGCAUAAUUAUUAUUAAUUUUUUGAAAUGUUUAAAAUUUUCAAACUUACAUUCUACAUCUUUGUGGUGUUUUUCUUUAUUAUUCUCUAUACAGAGAAUGAAUGAAUGAUAUUGCAAUUUGCCCAUGUGAAACAAUAAUCAAUUGUAUUUCAUAUGGUCCAUCGCCCAGUCCUUCAAUGAUAUCCUCAACUGAAAUAAAAUUGAGUGAGAUUUUGUAUUCUAUAAUGUAAAGAUCAUUUUUUUCACAAUGGGUAAAGCACAUGUUUUUUUUUUUUUUAAAUCAUUCAUGAACAGCUUUUGCUUGUAAUUUGG